AUGGCGGAAGGGCCCGAGGGCGCUUCCUCGGAGCAGGAUGAUCUUUCGUUCCUCCGGACGGAUGACAUGGUGUGCCUGCAAUGUACAGCUACAGGAACCAGGGUCUGCCUCGCUGCCGAGGGUUUCGGCAACCGGCAUUGUUAUCUGGAGAACAUAGCAGACAAAGAUCUCCCACCCGCGAUGCUAUCCUGCGUGUUCGUCAUAGAACAAGCCUUAUCCGUCCGAGCGCUGCAGGAGAUGGUCACGGCGACGAAUUCCGGUGAAUCCAGCACAAGCACGCAGUCGGGACACCGCACCCUCCUCUACGGUCACGCCGUUCUUCUGCGACAUCAGAGCAGCAACAUGUACCUUGCCUGCCUUUCGUCAUCAUCUUCGAACGACAAACUGGCUUUCGACGUCGGUUUGCAGAAUCACUCCGAAGGUGAAGCGUGUUGGUGGACGAUUCAUCCCGCGUCGAAGCAACGUUCCGAGGGAGAAAAAGUCCGGGUGGGGGACGAUCUUAUUCUGGUGUCUGUUGCGACAGAAAGAUACUUGCACACCGCGAAGGAGGGGGAGAACACGAUCGUGAACGCAUCCUUCCAUUUGACUCACUGGCCGGUCGCUCCUUUCGGAACCGGCGCUUCGAGAACCAAGAACGUUGGAUACGUCUUCGGCGGCGAGGUGAUACGAUUCUAUCACUCGGGUGACGAAUGUCUCACCAUACCUCAGAAUUGGACCGAGGAGCCGGGUCAGAACAUUGUCGUCUACGAGGGCGGUGCUGUGUUGAACCAGGCACGUUCAUUGUGGCGUCUCGAACUGGUGCGCACCAAAUGGGCCGGAGCCUUUAUCAAUUGGGAGAACCCUCUGAGAAUACAUCAUAUCACAACAGGUCAAUAUUUGUCCUUCAACGAGGACAAAGAGGUCUGCCUCGUACCACCGGAGAAGGCUACAUUGUCGAGCACGGCUUUCUGGCUCCGGAAAGACAAGGACGACAAGAAAGUUCAAAUCGAUGAGAAAGAUGAAGAAGUGCUCGGAUUCCCUCUCGUCAAAUACGGAGACACUACAUUUUUCAUCCAACACCAAGAAACGAGCCUCUGGCUCUCGUAUAAGACCUAUGAGACGAAAAAGCGCGGUGUAGGCAAGGUCGAGGAGAAACAGGUCAUCAUGUCAGAAGAAGGCAAAAUGGACGACGGUUUGGAAUUCUCGAGGGCUCAGGUUGAAGAGGCGAGAACGGCGCGCGUGAUUCGCAAAUGCGGUUCACUCUUCACCAAAUUCAUAAAGAGUUUAGACGCUAUGGCGACCAUGGGAGCGAAGGCUCUGGAGUCAUUCGACCAGGAAGAAAUGAAUCUGUGUUUCGAGGACUUGAUAAAUUACUUUGCUCAACCCGAAGACGACAUAGAACACGAGGAGAAACAAGCCAAGCUGAAAGCACUCAGGAAUCGGCAGGAUCUCUUCCAAGAAGAGGGAAUCUUGAACCUUACGCUCGACACGAUCGACAAGAUCAACGCCAUCACUACCGGAAACUUCGCAGUUGCUGGCGGAAGUGAAGCCGCAAUACAAGACCUUCUUGCGGGCGAGGGAGGUCCCAACUGGGAAGAAAUAUCCGGCUACCUCUAUCAACUGUUAGCUUGUAUCAUCAAGGGGAAUCACACAAAUUGCGCGCAAUUCGCCCAGCCCCAUCGACUCGAUUGGCUCUUUGGAAGACUCGGGAGUCAACAAGCGAGUGAAGGAACCGGUAUGUUGGAUGUGUUACACUGCGUCCUGAUCGAUUCGCCGGAGGCGCUGAAUAUCAUGAAAGCCGAUCACAUUAAAGUGAUUAUCUCGCUGCUCGAAAAGCACGGCCGCGACCCGAAGGUGCUCGACGUCCUCUGCUCCCUUUGCGUGACCGGCAACGGAAUCGCGGUACGUUCAUCUCAGAACAACAUCUGCGAUAAUCUGCUGCCGGGUCGCGAUCUCCUACUUCAAACAAAACUUGUUGACCACGUCAGCAGCAUGAGACCGAAUAUCUACGUGUGCAAGAUAGAAAACUCGGCCAUGUUCAGGAGAUGGUACUUCGAAGCUCAAGUUGACUAUCAAGAGACGAUUUCACAUCUGGAGCCCUACCUCCGUAUCGGAUGGGCAUCGACAGCGGGUUACGUGCCCUAUCCAGGCGGAGGAUCGAAAUGGGGUGGUAACGGGGUCGGAGACGAUCUCUUCUCGUACGGCUUCGACGGCCGUAGUUUAUGGACCGGAGGCCGGGCUAAUGAAGUUCUCGCGGUUGAGGAGAGUCCUCUCAUCAAACGCGGUGACGUCAUCGGCUGUAUCCUUGACCUGAACGUCCCGGUGAUCAGCUUCACAGUCAACGGUCGGAAAGUGAAGGGCUGUUUCAGGGAUUUCAACCUAGAGGGCCUCUUCUACCCGGUCAUAUCGCUUUCGGCGAAAGUGAGUUGCCGCUUCUUGCUCGGUGGGGACCAAGGUCGCUUGCGAUACGGACCUCCAGAGGGCUAUUCGGCACUAUGUGAGGUCCUGCUGCCGCGGCAGGCGCUCACCGUGGAGCCCUGCUUUAUGUUCGGGGACCUUUUCAAAGGCAUCUAUCAGGGACCAACGGCGGAACCGUCCGUUGAAGACGUGGCCUUCGUACCGGAACCCGUAGAAACAGCCACUGUGGUCCUGCCCGCGUUCAUAGAGCAGGUGCGCGACAAACUUGCGGAAAACAUCCAUGAAGUGUGGUCCAUGCGCAAAGUCGACGAGGGAUGGUGUUGGGGUGAAGAGAAAGAUGACGACGAGUGGCUUCAUCCAUGCCUCGUUCCAUUCUCGAGGCUGCCCAUGGCUGAGAAGAGAUACGACAUCCUCCUGGCGUUGAAUACCCUCAAGACCGUGGUUGCACUCGGGUAUCACGUCUCAAUGGAUACUCCGCCCGGCAGGAUCAGGACGGUGAAACUCCACAACGACCCGUACAUGCAACCUAACGGAUACAAGCCGGCUCCUCUAGACUUGUCUCAGGUAACGCUGAGUUCAAAGAUGGACGCUCUGGUGGAGUUGCUCGCCGAGAACACGCAUAACGUCUGGUCGCGGGAGAGGAUCCAACAAGGAUGGACCUACGGAAUCAUCGAGGACUUCCAAACCAGACGCAGCCCACAUCUCGUUCCCUACAAAUACGUCGACGAUUCAAUCAAGAAAGCCAACACGGAUACUGCCGCAGAAACGGUCAAGACUCUUCUAGCCUACGGCUAUGUUCUGGAACCUCCGGCGGGAGACACAGAUCAGCAGGUCCAGAGCAGGGACGCUGCAUUGGCCAAAUUGAAUUCGAGAACAUUGCGCGCGGAAAAGACGUACGCCGUCACAUCCGGGAAGUGGUAUUUCGAGUUCGAGGUUUCGACACCGGGACCCAUGAAGGUCGGUUGGGCCACAGUGAACUUUUUGCCCUCCUGCGAGCUUGGAGGUGACGAGAACUCGUUCGCCUACGAUGGUCUACUUGGCCUGAAAAAUAGUGCCGGCGGCAGCGAAGCCUACGGACGUCAAUGGGCAGUUGGCGACGUCAUCGGCUGCAUGCUCGAUCUCCACGAUAAGACCAUCUCGUUUUCGUUGAACGGCGAGCUCCUCCUCGAUGCUCUCGGCGGGGAAGCGGCCUUUUCCGAAAUUCCAGGAGACAUCGGUUACGUGCCCGCUUUCACCCUGGGCAUCGGUCAGAGAGCUCGUCUCGUCUGGGGUCACGACGUGAACCUGCUCCAGUACUUCACCACGUGCGGUCUCCAGGAGGGCUACCAACCGUUCUGCGUGAACAUGAACCGCCAGCUGUCGAUGUGGUAUAAUAAGGACGACCCGAUCUUUAUCAACUUUGACGAAGCCGAAGUUUCUAAUGUGGAAGUGACCAGAGUUCCACCAGCGGGAGAAGCUCCACCAGCCAUGAAGAUCACCCACAAAUUGUUCGAGUCCGUGGAAAAAGUAAACUAUGAAUUCUUGCGGCUCAGUCUCCCGAUCCAGUGCCACGAGGAAUUCAUCGAUGCCUCGGCAAAGGAACGUCAGUGGGAAGAAAUGCAACAUCGUCAGAAACAGCACCACGAGGUCAUGUUUCAUGCAGAUCCGAGGACGCAGCAGUCUGUCAGACCACCGGGGAAUCUGGAGCAACACAUGUUGCAAAGUGGCUUCAGCAUGUCGGACGUGAAAGAUCUCCAGCGAGCCUACUCAGAGGAUGCUCCAGAGGGGGCUGGAUCCGAUUCUCCAGUGCUUCCGAAAGGCCCUCCGCCGAGAAGGAAAUCCAUUAGGUCGGGCGCUCUGACAAAAGCCUCUUCUUUCGAUCACACCGCCGGAGGACUGCUCACGCCCGGAUUCGACACGAAAGGCGUCGAUUCGGACCAAUCAAUGAUCCCGUCGUUGAGCGAGCUGGAACUCCGGGCCAAAGGCCAAGAUCCCCACGAUAAGAAAGCCAGAGGCAAAAGCCCUUUCAAGUUUUUCUCUCGAAACAAAGAUAUUCCGACAAUGGAACCUGCUCCUCCUGUGAGUUUAAGUCCUCCGCCGACCGUCACCAUCAGGGAGCCGUCGAUACGCGGCCAUUCGCCAGGAUCGGUCGCGGGUUCAAAUGGAGGUCAGCUCCAAGUUCCGGGAGGCGUUUCACGGCAAGGAAGCACCCGAAGACAGUCUAUGGCGCACGGGCCUAUACCGCACGAGGAGGGCGGCGCCGGUCUCGAUCCAAAGUGUCUUGAAUAUUGUCACGAGUAUUUCUAUGGAUGCCGGAUAUUUCCGGGUCAAGAUCCUCAGCACGUCUACGUGGGCUGGAUCACGACAGCGUACAAGUACUUCGACAAAGUCUUUGACCUCCAAAAAAUACGGAAAGUCGCUUAUCAUGGCUUCGGUGACGAUGGCAGCGUGAGAGAGAUCCUGGACCGGAGGAAUUCCUAUAUGGUCUGCGCGGGUCAGCUUCUACAUGAUGUCCAGAACGCAUCCGGAGAUGGUGCAUCCAGAGGGGCCACUAAUCAGGGAAUGUACGUCGGCUGUCACAUCGACGUAUCGACAGGUUUUUUGACCUUCACUGCCGACGGGAAACCAACGAAGACAAGGUUCAAGAUGGAGCCCGGCACAAAACUUUUCCCGGCCGUAUUUUUCGAAGCCACAACCAAAGAGGUGUUCCAGUUCGAGCUCGGCCGCACGCCCUCGACGCUGCCGCUGUCCGCCGCUUUGUUGCGCACUACAGCGAAAAGUCUCCAGCCCCUGUGUCCGCCACGGCUCCGAGUUCAAUGUCUCCAGCCGUUCUCUUGGGCCAGAGUUCCCAAUUUCAACCUGCGACCUCAUGCUCUGCGUCUCUCCGAAAUCAGAGGCUGGUCCAUAAUCGUGGAAGACCAUGUUUCGAUGCUAGCCGUCCACAUACCCGAGGAGGAUCGUUGUAUAGACGUCUUGGAGCUGAUAGAACACGACCGGCUCGCGAACUUCCAUGCGGGCUCGUUGGCGCUCUAUGAGGCUCUUUGUUACCAGGGCAAUCAGAGAGCAGCUCACAUCAUCUGCAACCAUGUGGAUGAGAAACAGUUGAUGUACGCGAUCAAAUCGGCCUACAUGUCCGGCCCGCUGAGAUGUGGUUUCACCAACCUCUUGAUUGCGCUUCACUUGGAGUUCCACGCCUACUCGAUGUCCCUGACGCAAACCGAGUUCAUCAUUCCUCUUGGUUCAACUCUCAAGGAUUUCUAUGAGGAUUCUUCUGUCGCGCACUCCUUCCAGACCCUGCAGUGCAUAUCGAUCCGACCGCAACUGACCUUCUCUGACGUCUCGGCCACUGUCGAUUCCAUCAAGGACCUCCAUACGCCGACCUUCCCACACGACGCCUUGCGCCAAUUCGUCAUGGAAGGUCUAGCGGAUGCUGUGAGAAAGGAUUCCAAGCCCAACCGUGAUCCGAUCGGAGGCAGCAACGAAAAUCUCUUCGUGCCGCUGCUGAAGCUCGCGGAUAAACUUCUGGUCACCGGGCUCCUUGACGACGCGGACCUGGCCUGGAUGUUGAAGCUCCUGGAUCCCGUUGUUUUCGGUGAAGUCGAGGAGCCAGACCGCGAGAUCACCGAAGUUCCUCCAAUCGGGGAAGUGAUCAAGAAAGUGGGGCUCAUCGACAUGCACGUCGCCGAAGGCGUGCAGCUGCAGCUCUGCCACAUACUCCACCAUCUCCUCGACCUGCAGCUGAGGCACCGAAUUGAAUCGAUAAUAAAUUUCUCGGAUCAGUUCACCGGAGACAUCCAAGCGGAUCAGCUCCGCCGAUACAUUGAAAUCAAGCAAUCCGAUUUGCCGUCUUCAAUCGCCGCUAAGAAAACCAGAGAGUUCCGAUGCAAACCGAUCGAGCAGAUGCGAACGGUGCUCAACUUCAAGAAUCUCGAUGAGGAAGCCGGCGACGAUUGUCCAUGUGGGGAGGAAAUCCGCUCGGCUUUACGCGAUCUCCACGACGAGCUCAUCUUUCGUUUGAAGAAAUGCAUUGCCGAGGAAGAAGCGGCCAGCGAGGACGCCGAAGGUGAAUCCAAAGCCGGCAGUGCAACCGUUGCGCAGAAACUUCUCGGAAUCGUGAAAUUCGUCAAGUCCACUACCCAAGAUGAAGAGCCAGAAGCAGAACCGGAACCCGAGAAGGCUGUCCUGAACGAGGAGCUUUUCAUCAAGAAAGUCGCCAAAACCGUUGUCGGAUGGGCUCAGCGGAAAGAGAUCGAGAACAGAGAGGUCAUCCGACAGAUGUUCAAUCUCCUACUCAGAAUCUACAACGCUGUGGGCGAGCUGAUCAAAUCACUGGAGAAGACCUACAUCAUCUCGGAGAAAAGCCAUUCCGACGUGAUAAGUCUGUUCGGCAAUCUAACUAAAAUCCGGGCGCUGCUACCGGUCCAAAUGUCACCGGAAGAGGAGGAAAUCAUGAGAGUGUCCUCGUGGUCGCUCGUGAGGAACAGAAUAUUCUUUCAGCAUCCGGAUUUGAUUCGGAUUCUGAGUGUGCACGAAAACGUCAUGGACGUGAUGGUGAACACAUUAGGGAAACGAGCUCAGACUCAACAACCAACGGCCGCCGCCGUGACAGAAGGCGAGAAGCACGAGGAGAAGGACACGUCGCACGAGAUGGUCGUAUCCUGCUGUCGUUUCUUGUGCUACUUCUGUCGAACGGGACGAGUCAACCAGAAGGCCAUGUUCGAUCAUCUCGACUUCCUCCUCGAGAAUUCGAACAUACUUUUGUCGCGGCCCUCUCUCCGGGGAUCCACUCCGCUCGAUGUCGCGUACUCGUCACUCAUGGAGAACUCGGAAUUGGCGUUGGCGCUACGAGAACAUUAUCUCGAGAAAAUCGCGAUUUAUCUAUCUCGUUGUGGUCUGCAAUCAAAUCAAGAACUCGUCGACAAAGGUUACCCCGAUGUGGGAUGGGAUCCGGUCGAAGGUGAACGAUACUUGGACUUCCUCCGGUUCUGUGUUUGGGUGAACGGGGAAUCCGUCGAAGAGAAUGCCAACCUGGUCAUCCGACUCUUGAUCCGACGACCCGAGUGUUUGGGUCCGGCGCUUCGCGGCGAAGGCCCAGGACUGUUGGAAGCGAUCAAGGAAGCGAUAAGGAUGUCGGAAGAAAUCGCCGUUACCCGAGAGCAGCAGGGUUUGCCGGUGAGACCCACCGAGGAAGAGGACGAGGACUAUAUCGACAUGGGAGCGGCCAUCCUGAAUUUCUACUGUGCCCUCGUCGACCUUCUCGGUCGUUGUGCUCCGGACGCAGCGACCAUCGCUCAGGGCAAGAACGAAUGCAUUCGCGCCAGAGCCAUCCUGCGUUCCCUAGUUCCCCUCGACGAUCUUAUCGGAGCUCUGAGUCUCCGAUUCACUUUGCGGACCCCGCGUCGAAACAAAGACGGUCAGCUGGUGUCCGAUUUGCCCGCGGGCCUGCAUCCCAAACACAAACAGAGCAUCGCGCUUUUCCUUGAGAGAGUUUACGGUGUCGAAACGCAGGAAAUCUUCUACCGAAUCCUGGAGAACGGCUUCCUGCCCGAUCUGAGAUCGGCGACCAUGCUCGAGCGGGACGACAACAUCCAGAGCGACAUGGCCCUGGCUCUGAAUCGCUACAUCGGAAACUCGGUGCUUCCAAUGUUGAUCCAGUAUUCGCAUUUCUAUCGCGACGCCGAGAACUUCGAUUCGCUGCAAGAUGCGGUCCUCCAAACAGUCUAUCGGCUCUCGAAAGUCAAGAUCCUCACCAAAGGACAGAGAGAAAUGGUUUCCGAUUUCCUGGUGGCGCUCACCCGAGAGAUGCAACCUUCGAUGUUGUUGAAACUUCUGCGUAAAUUGACCGUGGACGUUUCUCAGCUGACCGAGUAUACGGCUGUCGCGCUCCGUCUGUUGAUGUUGCAUUAUGAACGUUGUAACAAAUACUAUUCUUGCGGCCAAGGUUCAUACGGGAUCGCUUCGGAAGAAGAGCGUCGUCUGACCAUGAUUCUCUUCUCGAACAUAUUCGACUCGCUCUCCAAAAUGGAGUACGAUCCAGAGUUGUUUUCGAAGUCGUUGCCCUGCUUGACCGCGAUCGCUUGCGCCUUGCCUCCCGACUACUCGCUCACCGAGUCUACGGAGGACGAUUGGGACAGAAGUAAACCUACGAUUUACACACCGACGCCACUCGAUACUUACAAUGUCCAUCUCUCGGAAGAUCUCCAGAACAUCGUACAGAGGUUCUCAGAGCAUUAUCACGAGCAGUGGGCAGUCCGGAAAGCGGAGCAGGGUUGGCAAUACGGAGAGAGAUUCUGUGACGAGCUCCGCGCUCAUCCCCGGCUGAAGCCUUAUAACCUGCUCCAAGAGUGGGAGAAAGAACGAUACAAGGAGCCGAUCCGGGACCUACUCAAAGCCGUUCUGGCGAUAGGAUGGAGGCUAGAGCCCGGAGACCAGCCGCGGUCAACAGGACCCAUUUUUCACAACUGCAUCAAUCCGUUGGAAUACGCGCCGAGCCCGGUGGACCUGUCCAGUCUGACGCUGACCAAAGAUCAAAUGGUGUUGAUGGAGCGCAUAGCUGAAAACACACAUGACAUCUGGGCGUUCGGCGUGAAGCGUCAGCUCGACUCGAUCGGGGGAGAAAUCAAUCCGCAGUUCGUUCCGUACGAUUUCCUAACCGAUCAGGAAAAAUACAAAACUCGGGACCGCGCUCAGGAUUUACUUAAGUUCCUCCAAUACGAAGGUUACCGCAUCGCAAACAAGGACAAGAGGCGUCCCGACGAAGAGGGUUUGGGCACAACCAAACAAGAGGUCCGAUUCGCGACCUCUCUACUCGAGAAACUCAUCCAGUAUCUGGACGCGGCUGCGAUGCACAUGAAACUGCUCAGACCCAGCUUGCCAUUCAGCAGACGCAGUUCCUUCCGCCAGCACUCCAAGGACGUGAAGUUUUUCAACAAGGUCGUCUUGCCGCUCAUCGAUCGAUUGUUCGUUGCCCACAGGCAAUUUUUCCUCCAAGCUGCCACGGCAACCAGUAUUGUCGGAACGGCUACGGUCCGCGAAAAGGAGAUGGUCGCUAAGCUCUUCUGCAAACUCGCCGGACUCUUCCGCUCAAAGUUCGUGGUGUUUGGGAGCGAAACGAAAUUGACCGUGUCGUGCCUGCAAGUUCUGUGCAGGGCCACGGACGCCCGAACGGUGGCCAAGAGUUGUCCUGACCUCGUCAAAACCUCCAUUCUAACCUACUUCAACAACGUGGCUGACGAUCUCGACAACACGGUGAAGAAUCUCGAGACGGGACGCUACACCCACUUGCGAGGCACCCACUUGAAAACGUCGACGUCAUUGAAUUACAUACAAGUGUCGGUGAUCCCCGUACUGACGGCCCUAUUCGAUCACUUGGCAAGCAACGAGUUCGGAGCCGAUCUGCUGCUGGAAGACGUCCAGGUGGCUUGUUACCGCAUUUUGAAUGCGAUCUACAUGCUGGGAACGAGACAGGAUCUGCAUAAGGGGAAAUCUUUCGUGAGAGCCGAGAUGGAUCGCCACCGCCCCGCAUACGGGAACUGUCUCGGGGCGUUCGCCGCCUGCUUCCCCGUCGCAUUCCUCGAGCCCGCCUACAACAAAUUCAAUCCACACUGUAUCCACUCGAAGCAGCAGGAGCACUCGCUCGAGGCGCAGGCUGUCAUGGCGCAGCUCGAAAGCUCAAUGCCGAACAUUGAUGAUCUUAUUGCGAACGUGGAUAAGUUCGUCAUGAGCAAUACCCGUUACGUCGAUCAGCCACAUAUCAUUGAGGUAAUCGUUCCCAUGCUGUCGGCCUAUUUGCCCCUCUGGUGGAGUCAAGGCCCCGACAACGUACCGCCGUCCGCUCAAGGACAUCACGUGACCAUGGUCACUUCUGAGCACCUGAACAAAGCCGUUAGGAGCAUCCUGAACCUUCUCAAGCGAACGGUAGCCGUGCACGAUUCGCCUUGGAUGAUCACGAUUGCAGCCCACGCCGGACAGAUUGUUAUCAACGCUUCGGAAGAACUGCUCGGCGACACCGUGUUGCCGUUGACAGAGAGAAUCUUCGGUGUAAUGGAUACUUUAUUCAAGAAAGAAGAAUCGAUGCGAGCUUUCCUCAAGUCAAGCGCAGAGGACACUUCCGAAAUCGAAAAUCAGCUGCAGGAAGAGUACGCCCUGCUCACGAGAGACAUUUACGCGUUCUAUCCGCUUUUGAUAAAAUACAUUGAUCUCCAAAGAAAUCAUUGGCUGAAACAGAACAAUAAGAUGGCCGAAACUCUCUACAAUCUGAUCGCGCAUAUGUUCAAUAUGUGGAACAAGUCGCAAUAUUUCCGACGUGAGGAGGCAAACUUCAUUUCAACCUACGAGAUCGACAACAUGGCUCUUAUAAUGCCCUACUCGGCCGCCACGAAGGGCCGGCCGAUCAUGCAGUCGAUGGGCUCAUCUGGAUCUUCCGAGGGCUCUCAGGCCAGCAAGAAGGAGAAGAAAAAGAAGAAGCGAGACGCUAAACGCGAUAAGGAAAAAGAGGUCGCUGCCUCGUUGAUGGUCGCCUGCCUGAAGCGGAUUCUGCCUAUCGGGCUGAACUUAUUCGCCGGUCGGGAACAGGAGCUCGUGCAGCACACCAAGGAGAAAUUCCUCAAUAAAGAAAACGACGAGGCAAUACGGGAGUACGUGAAUGUCCAGUUGACCCUCCCAGACAAGAUCGAUCCGACGGACGCCAUGAGCUGGCAGCAUUAUCUCUACUCGAAGCUCGGCAACAAGAAUGAACUCGAUGAGGAACAAGCACUCGUUCAAGCGACUGCCAACAAGAAGGAAAAAGAAAUAGUCGUAACACAAGAGAUGCUCGUCGACCGAAUUAUCGAUAUGGCCAAAGUUUUGUAUGGCCUGCACGUCAUCGAUCAUCCGCAAUCGUCCUCGAAGGACGUCUAUCGAAGCGUGGUGUCAACGCAGAGGAAACGUGCGGUUAUCGCUUGCUUCCGGGAGGUAUCUCUCCACCAACUGCCUCGUCAUCGUUGCAUCAAUCUCCUCCUCAGCAUUUAUAAAGCGAUGUGGCUCGAGGAAGAGAACGCCGGUCACGAGAAACUCAUCGAGGAUUUGACCACAACUUUCGAGGAAGCCGAGAAGGGUCAGGAGACGUCCUCGUCCGCCAAUCAAGAGUCCGAGGAGCCGAGAAACGAUCCCCUAUCGCAGCUGGUUCUGACUUUCUCCCGAGCGGCUACGACCGAACACAGCGGCGCGAUCGGGCAAGAUGACCUAUACAUGUUGUACGCCUACAUCUUCAGUCAGAGCUGUGGGGGCGCCGAAGAGGAGGAAGAAGAAGGGGACGAGGCCGAGGAGCCUUCACUCCAGGAACAGGAACUCGAGAAACAGAAACUUCUCUUCCAACAAGCUCGGCUCGCCGACCGCGGUGUAGCCGAGAACGCUCUCCUCUACAUCUCCGCUUGCAAAGGGCAUCAGAGCGACAUGGUUCUCAAAACUUUGAAACUGGGAAUUUCCCUCUUGAAAGGCGGUAACGCGGACGUGCAAACACGUAUGUUGAAUCAUCUGAAGGACAAGAAAGAUGUCGGCUUCUUCACGUCGAUCGCAGCCUUGAUGAACUCGUGUGGAGUUCUGAAUCUCGACGCGUUCGAGAGAAAUCAGAAGGCUGAAGGGCUCGGUGUUGGGGCUCAGGGUUCUGCUGCGGAGAAAAACAUGCACGACUCGGAGUUCACCUGCGCCCUGUUCCGUUUCCUGCAACUUCUCUGUGAAGGUCACAAUUUAGACUUCCAGAACUAUUUGAGAACUCAGCAAGGAAAUACGGUCACGGUGAAUAUCGUUAUCUCGACCGUCGACUAUCUCCUGCGCCUGCAGGAGUCGAUCAUGGACUUCUUCUGGUACUAUUCCUCUAAGGAACUCGUCGACGCUCCUGGCAAGGAGAACUUCUGCAAAGCUAUCACAGUCGCCAAACAGGUUUUCAACUCGUUGACUGAGUUUAUUCAGGGCCCCUGCUCCCUGAAUCAACAGGCCCUGGCUCAUUCCCGUCUCUGGGAUGCUGUCGGUGGAUUCCUAUUCUUGUUCGCCAACAUGCAGAGCAAGCUCUCGAAGAGCGCAUCGCAACUCGACCUCCUGUUAGAGUUUCUCGAUCUACUGAAGGAAAUGGUCACAAUGAUGCUGUCCAUGCUCGAAGGCAAUGUCAUGAACGGCACCAUCGGGAAACAGAUGGUCGACACUCUCGCCGAAUCGUCGACGAAUGUCGAACUCAUUCUGAAGUUUUUCGACAUGUUCCUCAAGCUUCAGGAGUUAACAGGCAGCUCAUCGUUCCAAGAAAUGGAUCCUAAAAACUCGGGAUGGAUCGCCUAUAGCGAUUUCAAGAAAGCGAUGGAGCAGCAAAAAAUUUACGAACCCGAGGAAAUCGACUUCAUGAUGGCUUGUAUGGAGGCCAACCUCGACAACAUGGUCGACUACCGCGAGUUCUCCGACCGCUUCUUGGGUCCGUCCAAGGAAAUCGGAUUCAAUCUCGCCGUGCUCCUGACGAACUUGUCGGAGCACAUGCCCAACGAGCCUCGUCUCGCCAAAAUGUGCGAGGGCUGCUCGACGCUGAUGAAAUUCUUCGAGCCGUUCAUGGGUCGUAUCGAGAUUAUGGGUUCCGCCAACCGAAUCGAGCGGGUCUACUUUGAGGUGGCCGAGGAAGUGAAGAAUCAAUGGGAAAAGCCCCAGAUCGUAGAAUCCAAGAAGGCGUUCUUCUACAGUAUCGUAACAGAAGGCGGCGACAAAGAGAAACUCGAGCUAUUCAUAAACUUCUGUGAGGACGCCAUAUUUGAAAUGCAGCACGCGGCCACGAUCGCGAACGAAGAAGAGGAGGAACCGCCCACGAAGGCCGAGGAAUACGUUUACGCGGGAGGCGAGGAAGAAAGACCCACCGGUUUCGUCCCACUGGUGAGAGGCGGUCUCCGGUCGUUGUGGCUUCAGCUUUUAAGCUUGCUGAGCUUCCUGACGCCCGGCAAUCUCAAGGCCCAAUUGGCGAAGACGAAGCAAAAACCCCCAGCGGAGAUAGCCGUCGGCGUUGUGAAGGGAAUUCUAUAUGGCGGCGUGUAUUCCGUUUGGCUCGUUUAUUUCUUCAUCAAAUCCAUAUGCGGUUUCAUAAUGAGACUCAUGUCCGGGAAACCAAUUCUGGCGUCUCAGGAAGACGAGGAAGGCAAGGCAGCUGUGAAAUUGAAUAAAUUCGGAAUGCCGAUCGUUUCCGCCACACCUGGACCGCCGGCGAUAGAGGCUCCCGCAGCUAUUCCUUCGAUCACCGGAACUCCCCCACCUGAAUCCUCAUUGUCAGCAGACGAGCUCAAGGCAGUGGAAGCCGCGCCUGAGGCGUUGACGUCGCCCGAAGGAAACAAGGACGACGUGAAGGGCUCCCAAAUCAAUGUUGCUCAACCUAGCGAGUCUGGCCCACCGGCUACCAGCCUCGAACCGCCGAAAGAUAUUGUAGAAACGAAACGACCGUCAGUGAUCCAGCAAGAAUUGCAGAAGCAGCAAAUCGACGCGAUGAUGUCCACUCAGCCCACGAUCAUCGGCGACGCUAAGGCCGAAGAUGAGGGCGGGCGUGGAAAUGCAGCCAAAUUCCAGCUUGCGAAUGUUCGCCAGAAGGUCGUGUCCUUCCUGGCGAGGAACUUCUACACCAUGAAAUACGUGGCGCUGGCUCUGGCGUUCCUUAUCAAUACAGUGCUCCUCUUCUACAAGGUCACGACUGUCGAGGACGACGAUAUGGACGGAUCCGGGGAGAUGAUCAAGCGCUCCAUGUUCCCAGACGAUGACGACGACGAUGAUUCUAGCGAGGGUUCUGGGAGUCUCUUAUCGAACAUUACUGACGCAUUGCUCGGCUCCGGCGAGGAAGGUUCGGGAAGUUCAGAGGAGGAGGAGGAACUCGAAGAAUACGUCAUCAUGGGGGACUUCCUCCGAGGCUACCAUGCGGAACCGGCAUUGCGAGCGAUGGCGUUAAUCCACUCGUUGAUAUCGAUCUGCAUGAUGAUCGCUCACUACAAUCUCAAAGUACCUCUGGCAAUAUUCAAACGCGAGAAAGAUGUCGCUCGCGCGUUGGAGUUCGAAGGUUUGUAUAUAUCGCAAGAACCACCCGAUGAGGACCUAAAAGCGCGAUGGGAUCGACUCGUCAUAUCCACGCCAUCGUUUCCCGUGAACUAUUGGGAUAAAUUCGUCAAGAAACGAGUCAAACAAAAGUACAGCGAAACUUUCGACGUCGAACACCUAAGCAAGCUUCUCGGCAUAAGGAAAGGCAAAAGCGAAGAAGAAUCCAGCGGAAUACUUUCAUUCAUCAAUGUCGACUGGCGAUACACCAUCUGGCAAGCUGGUGUCACCAUCACCGACCAGGCUUUCUUGUACAACACGUGGUAUCUCACGUUCUCGCUGCUCGGAAAUAUAAACUACUUCUUCUUCGCCGGACAUCUCAUCGAUGUUGCUGUCUGCAUUCCGUCGCUGAAGACAAUCCUGCAGUCGGUAACACACAACGGCAAACAACUUAUCCUGACAGUGAUGCUCCUCACGAUCGUUGUGUACAUGUACACCGUCAUCGCGUUCACGUUCUUCCGGAAGUUCUACGUACAGGAAGAGGAUGACGAAGUCACCCAGAAAUGCCACAGCAUGGCUACGUGCUUCGUGUUCCACCUGUACAAAGGCGUGCGGGCCGGUGGCGGUAUCGGAGAUGAAAUCGAGGCUCCCGACGGUGAUGAUUACGAGGUCUAUCGAAUAAUCUUCGACAUCACUUUCUUCUUCUUCGUUAUUGUCAUCCUGCUGGCUAUCAUCCAGGGUUUGAUCAUCGACGCUUUCGGAGAGCUCCGUGAUCAGCUGCAGAGCGUUGUCGACGACAUGGAGUCCAAUUGCUUCAUAUGCGGUAUUGGGAAGGACUACUUCGAUAGCGUACCCCACGGUUUCGAUACGCACGUUGCCAAGGAGCAUAACUUGGCAAACUACAUGUUCUUCUUGAUGCAUUUAAUCAACAAACCAGACACGGAGUAUACGGGUCAAGAAACGUAUGUCUGGGAAAUGUAUCAGCGAAGAUGUUGGGACUUUUUCCCGGUCGGAGAUUGCUUCAGAAAGCAGUAUGAAGACGUAGAGGGCAAUGGAUAG